UCUGUCUCUCUCUGUCCCAGUCGUGUCCAUGACUGUAGCUUUAGAGGUGUCCAUCCCUCAGCGGACCUAUGAGUUCGCCAGGGGAGACAACAUCACUAUACCAUGCAGCUUCAAACCCAAGAACCCAGUCAACGAUCUGGUCAUCAUAUCCUGGUUGGCUGAAGCAGACAAACCCGGAGAGCCAGAGGUGUCCGUCCUUACCUCCUACUCUACUGGUGUCCUGGACAUCAGUGACAGGUAUGAAGGAAGAGCUUCCCUGGAGCAGGACCUAGCUAAAGGAGUAGCCAACCUGAAGCUCUCCUCCAUCGGUCUCCAGGACAACCGACUAUUCGACUGUCGGGUCGCCAUCCCCAAGGAUGACAAGGGUCAGCUGGCUGACACCACCCGUCUGGUGGUCCUGGUGGCUCCCUCUGUGCCUGUCUGUAAGAUCGAUGGGAAGGCAGAGUACUUCCAGGACAUCAGUCUCACCUGUCAGUCUGAAGAGGGCUCUCCUCUUCCUACCUACAAGUGGCAGGGCUACGACGUCAGAAACAUGCCCCGAGCACCUGCACCCAAGACAACAGACAAGGAUGGUGUUCUGUCUCUCUUCAACCUCACCAUGGAAUCCUCAGGAUACUACGUCUGUACCUCCACUAAUAAGAUCCGCAGUGCCAAAUGCAACCUGACGCUGUCCGUCAUGCCACAGUCUAUGGCCCUGGGUUCAACAGCGGGUAUCAUUGGUGGCGUUGUGGUUGGUGUUCUGGUGCUGCUCAUCAUCCUCAUCUACUGCUGCUGCUGCAGAAAGAAGGACAAAGCAGAGGAGUACGCUAUGGGGGUUCCAGAGGGGGAGGAGUUCCACGACGACAAACCCGUGGUGAACGGCGAGGUUCGCCAGACGCGCAGCAAGGAAGGCGACGAUGAAGACCACCCACCUAAGAUUGUGGACCGUCGCGACCAGUACAAGGAACGCAGUGAGAAGGACUACGAUGACCGCCGCAGCGACUACGAUGACCGCCGUAGCGACUACGAUGACCACCGCGAGCACCACGAUGACCGCCGCAGCGACUACGAUGACCGCCGUAGCAACUACGAUGACCGCCGCGAGCACCACGAUGACCGCAGGGACCAGGACGACCGCUACUCUGACCACCGUGACCGGUACGACCGUGAUCGUGUCUACGAUGAACGCAGUGACGGCGGACGGUACAGUGAUCGUUAUGAUGAGCCCUACGAUGAUCGUGACAGACCUCCCAGUGUACCGGCCAAUAAACCUGCUAAGCCUUCUAAAAAUAGAAUAGAUUAGAACCACUUAAUGUUUACCGCAACUUGUGUUUGGAAUGGUUGAAAAUAUAAUGAAUAUUAUAAACAUAGUAGCUGCUGUAGGUCAGGCUUCACAAAGGGCCUAGCUGCCAGGCUGAACUCGGUCACAUCAAUAACAGGACGACAGUAACACAACAAAAGGCUGUAGAUCAGGGAUCAUCAAAUAGAUUCAGCCGCCGGAUGGUGUUUGUCCUUCAGCAGAAGUUCAGGGGACCGGAACAUAAUUAUAAAUCAUUUGUAGACGGCAAAUUGACUGCAAGAAAGCCCAAACGGAUGUAAUAUUUGACAAAUGUAUAAUAAUUUAGAACCUUGCUUACAUUUGUAUACCCUCACAUAUAAAGGCCUUCAAUGUGGAGUACAGCCUAUGAUUGAAGGAAGGGCGGCCUCAAUUCAGUUCAGUAGUCAGGAAGCCAAUUGGAAUGCUGAUUCAAAGAUUUGAAAAGUGCCAUCUAGUAUUUUCAAUUAGGAUUUUUUUUAUUCUUGAAUCUGAAUUUUAAUUUGCUUUCUGUUACAAACUGCCAUUGCCUGUUGAUAUAUGUGUAUGAAUUCUCAGUGCAUCUUAUUGGAUAAUGCAUUUUCCCUCCUGCCUUUAUUGUCUACUGUUGGUGUGACAGAAGAGCUUCUCACGUCAGUCUCAGGUCUUUGGCUGUUUGAGAAACACAAGCUUUGUGGUGACGGUUUGUUUGUUAUUAUCAACUGUAGAUUGUAGAUACCCUCUAAUAAAUAAAGUUAACCUUUUUUAAUAGUUGUUUUCAUGACUUAGACGCACUGUGUUUUGUCCAUUUUAUUUAGCGUCAUGAUGCAGUGGAGUGUCAGGUGUCUCAGGUGAGUCUUCACUAACAUAUUCAAACCAUGACUUGUUUUUGGAGUGAGUGAGUCAAUCAGGCCUUUUUGAAAGAGAACCUAGAGACCCAUUUUAAGAACAGAGAGAAACAAGUUUCACUCUGUGGCAUGUGCCUAGUCGUUUCACUUCCUCAUUAUAGCCUGAGGCCAGACAACAGACUCACUGAACUAGAAGUGGCUUCAUUGUGUUCAGACCUAUUAAAUGGGUCUGUCUGAGUGAGGGGUUUUUAUCUAAGGAAGGGAAGAUAUUCACGCCUUUUAAUCUUUGACAAAAAUGUGUAACUUUUGUUUUGUUUUUAUGCUUUUGAAAUGUACAGGGACAAUUUAACUAGUUAAAACAUCAAAUGGUUGAAGUUUUGGUUAGAUGUGAUGGUACAAUUUAUAAACUGUAAAUAAAAGUGUAUCAUGUUUCUAA